CUGGAUUUCCGGCCAACCCAUUCUCUUUGCUUGUGGAUUCAGACACUUGGUCCGACGAUGGACUUUGAAUCCGAGGUUGAGCUUCUUGAAACAUACGACUUUCUUAUGAAAUACAUCAUCAUCGGUGAAGCAGGCUCGGGGAAGUCCUGUCUACUCCAUCAUUUCACCCACAACUCGUUCAAAGAGCACUCCCAACACACUAUUGGCGUCGAAUUCUCGAGUCGGACCGUCAAAUUGGGAGAGAAGAGGAUAAAGCUACAGCUUUGGGAUACUGCGGGUCAGGAGCGCUUUCGAUCCGUUACACGAAGCUAUUACAGAGGCGCGGCCGGUGCGCUACUGGUAUAUGACAUUACCAAUCGGGACUCAUUCACCAAGUUAUCUCGAUGGCUCGCAGAUGCGCGUGCUUUAGGAAGUCCACAUCUCGUUGUUGUUCUUGUUGGCAACAAGAGUGAUAGAGACGACGAGCGGGAGGUAGAAUGGGCAGAGGCGAGUCGAUGGGCAGCGGAGAAUGAUGUUCACUUUCUCGAAUCAUCCUCCUUAACAGGCGACAAUGUUGAGGCACCAUUCCUACUAGCCGCCCGCUCGAUCCUGCUCUCUAUAGAGUCUGGUGCCCUUGACCCCGAGAAAGCAGGAAGUGGAGUUAGCUAUGGCGACCGAGCCCUUCGGAGAGUUAACAGCUCCAGCCGAUUGAGCUUUGGUAGUCUCAGUGGUCCACGUCGCAAGGGAACGAUCAAACUGAAGAGUAAUUCUUGGAUACCAGGACCAAGCAAGUGUUGUUAA